AUGCCGAAGAAAAAGCAAUUCCUUCAGGCCAAUGCCAAGCAGGCGGCACGAGGGAAGAAGAAGGAGCCUGAACCUGAGACUGAAGACGAUUUCCUUGAUGCUGCAGAUGAAUUUGAAAAGAGCGCUGGCAAGUGGAGAGCAGGAGACGCUGCCAAGUCUGCUCGCUUCUUUCAGCGUGCCAUUGACGCCUAUGCCGCCGGCCUGCAAAAGUUUCCACGGUCUUUCGAUUUGGCAUACAACAAGGCCUUGCUAGAGUACCAAAUCGCGCAAGACCUGCGCAUCGCGGCGCAGAUCGGCCCUCCCCUCGUCGACCUCCUCCGGCAAGCGCUGGACUCGCAUCGAUUUGCCAUUGCACUGAACCCAGACAACCUCGACAUCUUGUUCAACACGGCCAAUGUCCUGUCCGACCUUGCCGACCGCGUCAACAAGAGCGAGGCUGUCCCGCUGCUCCACGAGUCUGUGCAGUGCAUCCGCCGCUGCCUUGAGAGGCAAGUGCAAGAGUACGAGUCUCUGCAGGCCGCUUUUCUUGCAGCAAACUCAGGAGACCAAGAUGCGCCACCGGAGCCUGCUCCGCACAAGGAAUCUUCUUCUGGUACCUCGGGGGAGGAGUACGCCAGCGUGGAGGAGGCUGUGACCGAGAGUGCCAUUCUCGAUUCCGUAUUCUUCAUGGCAAACACUCUUGCAGAUCUUCUUGGCAUCAUGCCCGCCGAGGACUUGGAUGCGAUUAGCAAAGAAGUUGAAACGGUCGUUGGCUUCUUCACAUCCGGUGCCCUCCAGCCGUAUUUCGAGAAGCUGGACCGCACGGUUCCGGAGCCUGAGAAAAAAACGCCCACCCUGUCCCUCAGCCUCUCCGCCACCCCUCCCAAGCCAACCCAAGCCCAACCCAGCGAAUACGACUCCUCCAUCGCCGAAGGCUCGCUCGCGCAAGCCCGCCUCUUCUCCGCCAUCAGCGAGGCCGAGUUCCGCCGCGGCGAGCGCAGCGCCGCGUCCUGGUACGCCGUCGUGCUGAUCAAAUUCGCCGCCAUAACCAACGGCAACACAUCCUCCUCCCUGCCCGACCCGGCCGACGCCAGCAGCGCUCUCAUCGACGCCCUCUCCUCCGUCGCCAGCACCACCGCCUCCGCCGCCACCGCCGCCCACGCGCAAGCCGAAACGGCGUACCUGACGCAGGCACCCUCCGUGCCUGACGACGGUAGCAACGCAGCGGCGGAUCCGGGCGCGCCCGCGCCGCCGCAAGACGUGACGGAGGCCUGGUCCAACGACGCCGUGCACGCGGACGCGCUGAAGCGCGCGUACCACGUCCUUACCACCACCCUUUCCUCCUCUUCCUCCUCUUGCUCCGGAGUACCUGCCGACAAGGCCCCCCAGCUGUACAUCGCCCUCGGCGACGUGCACUGGCGGCUGCGCGCAGCCUGCGCGAGCGUCGGUGACGUUGCGAGCGCGGUUGCUCAGGCGCGGAGGGCGGAGCGGUGCUGGGAGGAGGCCGAGAAGAAGGCGAAGGCGAUAGGCGUGCAGUGUGCCGAGGAGGAGCUGGAGGCUGUGGGGAAGAGGGCGGUCUCGGUGGUGCUCAGGGGCGCGGGCGGAGGCGGGGUUCCGCUCGGGGAGGCGAGGGAAGUGGCGUUGCAGGCGGUGCAGGAGAUGAGAGAGGAUGAGCUGCUGGGCGAUGUCCUGGCUCAGCAUGCGUUGAAGAUGCUUGGGGCAGCGUAG